AUGUUCACUUGCUCCAAUGAAGGCAAAUUUGUGAUCCGUGAUCUCAUAAAUGAUGAUGCUGAUGAUAGUGUCAAAACAUAUUUGCUAGAUGGACCUAUCUCAUGCGCAGAAGUUGCAGUUAUGGAUGAUAAUAUGCGCAUUCUCAUCGCUGCGGGAGGGCGAGACAAUGAGCUCAAGCUCUAUGAUGUGGAUUUUGGCUGCUCCCUGUCGUGCAACUUAAACCGGCUUUAUUCGGUUGAAAUUCCAAACCAUAACAUAAAUAGCAUGGUCCGUUUUGCCAAUGAUUUGGCAGAAAUGCGCCCCCUUCGAAGAAGCCUGUUUCAGUAUUUCACCACGUUUUCGGAGUGGAAAAGAUUAGUUCCAGUUUUCGUUAUGUCAUCCACUGAAGAUCAUUCUUUGCUGCUGAUGCCCAUAUUCAAUUGGAUACUGAGCGUUGCUUUCGUUGAACAUUUCGGUAAACGCAUGGUUUGCGCUGGUACGCAAUAUGGCGACUUGAUUAUCUAUGAAGCAGAGCAACCUUACACUCAUGAAACAGAAACCGCAUUCUUCCAUCUAUCCCAAUUUCCCAUCAACGUACUACACGUUUUCUGUAGUGGUCGGUAUUUGCUAUAUUCUGACACCAUGUCCAAGAUCGGUGUGCUUGACAUGGACUCAUUAAAAGUGGUGAAUUUUUAUGACUGUUUGAAAAUUGGUCCCAGUAUGUCAUGCCGUAUUUUUACUUCCCUGAGCCCUAUGGCUCGAGUUUCUUGCAAUUCCGAAGUCUCAAGAUUUAGUCCCAUUUACGUACUUGCAACAACGCUCGAUGGAAAUAUUGUGGUGUACAAACUACAUAACAAUAACGAAAAAGAACUCAAACUUAUAGUACAAGAAGCAGGAAUCAUUCCAGACCUAGAAAUUCUUGACGUGGAUUCAUACACGGCUUUGGACUCCGUGUUCGCGUCACCAGAAGAUCUGAAAUGCGUCCUGAAUAAAAGGCGAAGAAAAGGGAAGAUGCAAAGUGGUAUCUCUGAAGAGUCUUCUGAGUUUGGAUAA